UGUUUCAAAUUAAAGACCGUAACUUUCAACAGCAUAAAAUUAUCCACGUAUACACACAGUUUCAUGGAAAUAUCAUCUGAUUUGGAAUGUACAAAAUUUUUUGAAGCUGAAUAUUCAUGUUUUGAGAUAUUGGCCAUCAAACACUUUGGUUUGUAGUAACUUAUUUUUAUUCUCUCUGAAUGAGCUUUUUCCACUAUAUAGUGAUAUUUACACAAUAAACAAAAAGUAAACACUUCUUCAUAGAAAUAUAGAAAAAUAAAUAUAUCCAUUGUAAAAAAAAAAAAAAAAAAAACGGGUCGUGUCGCACGUGUCAGCUACAGGUCACCUCCUCCUGCCUCAUAGGUGAUGCCUUCUUGUCUUUUCUUGCUCUGCUCUUCUUCUUCUGCCUUUUCUGCCUUCUUUUUUCCUUCUUAGCUUCAUACACUUCAUAGCCAGCGCCGCGCGACACUUGCUCGUCGCUAUGUCAGCAAGCACUGGCCUUGAGGAGUGACUGUGUGCCUCCACCCCUCCCCUGUCAACGUGCCAUAAGUAGGAUAACUUGUAAAAGUUUCACUGUUCAGUUAUCACCCUUCUGGAGCGAGUAAAUAAGAGCUAAAACGCCUCACACUCUGACAUCCAGGGCAUACGUCCUUCUCGUAUACUGCUGAUGUUGCCACCCCAAGAUUUUUUUCUACCAUUUUCAUUACUCAUAACAUGUUUUUAAGAGUUUAUAGAACAACUUUAAAUGGUUUUUGAAAUUUUUUUUUUUGUCAUUCCUGAACCCGAACCCUGGCCUCAAGUCUACAUAAACGCAGUCAACCCAUCUGUCCCUUUCCUGUACUUUAUCUGUCACUCUUGAGUAAAAGCUCAGUAAGUUUGUUACACAUGAGUGCCCUUUUCUAAAUCCAUACUGUUUACUUGUGAUUAAAUUUUGCUCCUCUAGAAAUUGCGUCCAUUGUUUCUUUAUCACUUUCUCACAUAUUUUACAUAGUACGCUGGUCAAUGAUACAGGUCUGUAGUUCAAGGGUUCGUCUUUCUUUCCACUUUUGUGUAUUGGGACCACUUCGGCCCUCCGCCACUCCUUAGGCACUGUACCAGUUGUUAUUGAGCAUCUAAUGAUGUCAUAUAUCAGUCCAACCAACUCAUUUCUACAUUCUUUCAAUAUAUACCCUGAGACUCCAUCCAGUCCUACAGCUUUCCUCUCUUCCAGCUCCCCCAACAAUUUAUAUAUCUCCUCUUUGUUUACUGAGACUUCUUCCAUAUGAACAUUUAUCUUGUUUUCUUGUGGCUCUUUAAAUAUUGAUUCUUUAGUAAAAACUUGCUGGAACUCUUUGUUUAGUAACUCUGCCAUGCCUUUAGGAUCAUCGAUUAUCACAUUUCCGUCGCUCAGUCUUUCAAUUGUUUCUCUUGGUUUAAUCUUUCCAUUUAUGAAUCUGUUUAUAGUUUAGGUUACUCCUUGUACUUUUCAACAAUGUCCUUUUCAUAUCACUUUUCUUUUUCCUUUCUUAUUUUCACGUAUUCGUUUCUCUCUACCUUAAAAUCUUAUUUGUUUCUUUGGUUUUAUUUCUUUUAAAUCUUUUCCAUGCUUUCUCUUUUUUUUCUUUUGCAUUAAACCAGUCCUUUUUUCCCUUUUCUUUUGGUCUGUAUUCUGGUACAAAUUUUGUAACCCCUGUUUUAUACGCCUCCAUGAAAAUAUCAUACUUUUCUUGCACUUUACUUGUUCUCAUUAGCUCAUCCCAGUCCAACUCUCCAUAAAAUUUCCUAAGGUUUUCCACGUCUGCCUUCAUAUAUAGUUUAACCUGUUUCUUUUAUAUGAUUCAUCCUCUUCCUUCCUCUUUCGUUUCUAUCUCUAUGAUCACAUGGUCACUCUUUCCCAGAGGGCAUCCAUACCUUAAUUCAUCCUUCAAGUUUAUUCCUUUUGUUAACACCAGGUUCAGUCUCGCCGGUUCGUCAUCACUUCUAUAUCUUGUGUUUUCCUUCACCCUUUGCAUCAUCAAGUUUUCCAUCAUCAAUCUUAAAAAUCUGUCCUCCAAUGCCAUAUCGCCACCACUGCUUUCAAACAUCUCCCAAUCUACCUCUUUACAAUUAAAAUCACCAACUAAAAGUACUGUUUUGUUUGCCUUGAGUAUUCUACUUAAGCUCUGUAUGAUAUCUUCAAUCACGAUUUCAUAUUCUUCUUUACUCCAUGAGUUUGUUCUAGGUGGUACAUAGGUUGUUGUAAUCGUCAUCCUUUCUCUGUUUUUGUUCUCCAGAUUUACCCUCACUAUUUCUGCUUUUCCUUCUCCAUAUACUACUGAUUUUACUAAUAACUCCUUCUUUGUCAUUAUCAUCACUCUUCCUCCACCUUUGCCCACUCCAUCUUUCCUCCAUACAUUGUAUUUUUUAUCAAACACUAUUUGGAUGACUUCAUUUAGUUUAGCUUCUGUUAGACAUACAAUCAUGGGUGUCUUCUCUUUUAGAUAGUCUUGUAGUUCCAGCUUGCUAGAUAUUAUUCCGUCUACAUUUGUAUACAUCACACUUAAUCCCUUAAUUAUAUCGAUCUUGUCUAACUUUCACUUUCCUUCCUCUUCUCCCUUAUGUACCACUUUCUGACACAAUCUCCCAGAACACUACAAAAAAAUACCUCUUUUUCCUCUUCCGAUCUUAAAUUAUUCCUUUCUUUUGCCUCUGCUAGAAGUUCAUUCCAUUUCUUCCUUUCUGCUUCAUUUUUAUUUUUAUUUAUAUAUAUUUCUUUACAUCCUUCUAUUUCCCUUAACUUAGUUGUUCUAUACAAAAUUUCCUCUGUUGCUUUCUGUGAUCUUAAUCUCAAUUUAACUGGUCUAAUUUUUCCUUCCAUGUAGGGGCCCAUCCAAUAGAUUUCCUCCACCUCCUCCUCAAGGUUUUUCACUUUAUCAUCAUUUAAGUUCUUAAGUAAAUCUUUUACUGAUUUCAGUUCUUCCUUUUCCCUUUUUGGUUUAUAUGUGAUGUUCUUUUCCUUCAUACCAAAUAUUACUACACUCUUCUUUUUAUCUGCCACAUCUCUAACUAAUUCUUCAUUUUUCUUCAAAGCUUUAACCACCUCUUUUUCUAUGUUUUCCUUGUCUUCUUUCAACUGUUGUUCGAUUAUUUCUCUGAGGUUUACAUUAGCUUUUUCACUUUCCAAUUUCCAAGUCUUCACUUCGCCCAUCAUCGAUAGGGUAAGCGAUGGCUGAAGUGGUAGUGUGCUGGGCCCACAUUCACCACGUGAUGGACGACGCGAGUUCGAAUCUCCACGCUACCACCUCGGAUUUUUCAGUCACCACCGAGUGGCUUAAAACUACCCACAUGCUGUCCUGAAAAUCACCCAUCAACCCGGACUCUAGGAACGAGUUCCGGGGGGCAGCAUGAGACAAGAGAAGAUGGCGCCACUAUAAACACUUGCCUGCGCCAUGAUGGGCUGGGGCCGAAUACCAUCCAGGCCCCUCAAGCAAGCCUAUCGGCGCAAUAGGCGGAGAGGUGCCGGCGAUCAGCUGACCCCAGCACAGGGAGUGGGGUGAGGACCGCUUCUCUGCACGUCUGCUCUGUACAGAGUCUGCCGAGUGUGUAUUAACACAAGAGUCCCCUCCACCCCCACAUAAGUACAGGCAAUGCAGAAUGCUCUUAUGUGAGUGAGGGGGCUUCGUGGUGCAGUGGUCAGCACACUCGGCUCACAACCGAGAGAGCCUAGGUUCGAUUCCCGGGCGGAGUGGAAACAUUUGGGCGGCUUUUCCGAUACCCUACGCCCCUGUCCACCCAGCAGUGAAUGGGUACCAGCUUAUGGACUCCCUGGUGCAUCCCUCGCCCCAUCUCCCCUCUUGGCCCCUGAGUGUGGUGUCGGGGGAACCUUGCUGCCCACCUGGAGGUUCCUGCAAGACCAGCCGACUCCUCACAUCAAGAGCAGUGUUGCAGUGGAGGCUGCAAGGCCAGGCAGCACCCUGAGUGGCCGGGACCAGCAGGAGCAGACUGCCACUGGUGUGAGGAUCAGGGGUGAUCAAAAGAACCACCACCACCAACAACAACUCUACUACUGACUUGCUGCUGCCAUCUCCAGACACAAAGGAAAGGAAAAGUUUGAUUAUGAGAAGAUUUGAGACUGAUAGCAAGUUGACUAGACAGCCUUACACACAAUGGUGUAGAAAAUCAUGAGUGCCAAGAGUGUGGGAAAAGACUCCAGUGAGAGACGCCAUGAAUGCCGUGACUGUGGCAAAAGGUUCAGUAAGAAGCGUGACCUUGACAGACACAUCCUUACACACACUGGUGAAAGAAAUCAUGAAUGUGAAGUCUGCAGAAAAAGAUUCAACUUGAAGGGUAACCUUGACAAACACAUCCGUACACACACUGGUGAAAGGAAUUAUGAAUGUGAAGUUUGUGGUAAAAGAUUCGCUCAGAAGAGUACCCUCAACACACACACCCUUACACACGCUGGUGAAAGGAAUUAUGAAUGUGAAGUUUGUGGUAAAAGAUUCAUUCAGAAGAGUACCCUCAACACACACAUCCGUACACACACUGGUGAAAGAAAUUAUGAAUGUGAAGUUUGUGGUAAAAGAUUCACUCAGAAGAGUGCCCUCAACACACACAUCCUUACACACACUGGUGAAAGAAAUCUUGAAUGUGAAGUCUGUAGAAAAAGGUUCAGUCAUAAGGGUAACCUCAAGAGACACAUCCUUUCACACACUGGUGAAAGGAAUUAUGAAUGUGAAGUUUGUGGUAAAAGGUUCAUUCAGAAGAGUGACCUCAACAAACACAUCCUUACACACACUGGUGAAAGAAAUCAUGAAUGUGAAGUCUGUAGAAAAAGGUUCACACAGAAGAGUACCCUCAACCAACACAUCCAUACACACACUGGUGAAAGAAAUCAUGAAUGUGAAGUUUGUAGAAAAAGGUUCACACAGAAAAGUACCCUCAACCAACACAUCCUUACACACACUGGUGAAAGAAAUCAUGAAUGUGAAGUUUGUAGAAAAAGGUUCACUCAGAAGAGUACCCUCAACCAACACAUCCAUACACACACUGGUGAAAGAAAUCAUGAAUGUGAAGUUUGUGGCAAGAUAUUCACUCAGAAGAAUAGCCUCAAAAAACACACCCUUACACACGCUAGUGAAAGAAAUCAUGAAUGUGAAGUUUGUAGAAAAAGGUUCAAUGUGAAGAGUGCCCUCAACACACACAUCCUUACACACACUGGUGAAAGAAAUCAUGAAUGUGAAGUCUGUAGAAAAAGAUUCACUCUGAAGGGUGACCUCAACAAACACAUCCUUACACACACUGGUGAAAGAAAUCAUGAAUGUGAAGUCUGUAGAAAAAGGUUCACUCAUAAGGGUGACCUCAACAGACACAUCCUUACACACACUGGUGAAAGAAAUCAUGAAUGUGAAGUCUGUAGAAAAAGAUUCACUCAGAAGGGUGACCUCAACAAACACAUCCUUACACACACUGGUGAAAGAAAUCAUGAAUGUGAAGUUUGUGGCAAGAGAUUCAUUGUGAAGUCUGAAUUAAAUAGGCACAUCUUCAGACACUCUGGCCAUAGAGGGUUCAAGUGUGAUGUUUGUGGAAAGCGUUUUAUAACAAAGAAGGAGAUUGUCAGACACUUGAAGAUCCACAUGAGGUGAUGUGUUGUGCUGUGGUGCUGCUGUAUGUGGGCGUGUCUGUGGUGGUGGUGGAAGGCAGUGUGUGGCAUGGAGAACAGGAAACAAACAUGUAUAGUCAUAAAUAGUUAUUGUGUGACAGCAUGAACUGUUCACUCUCCUGACUCGGGCUGCAUGUGGCUGGUGGAUGCCGUGAAAGGUUAAAUCUGCUUGUGACUGCUGGGCUGAUUGGCGGGGUAAAGGUAAAGACUGGGGCAUACGCUAUAGCUGUGCAUGGCCCCUGUGGUGGUUAUGACCCUGGGACACAGGGCAAGUGCAACAUCAGGGUUACCAGUUUACCUUAACCAGGUUUCCUCAGGAACCCAUUUAUCAAUCAACCCAAAAGUGAUGAUGAGCAGCUGGCUGGGCUGUGCCUUGACUGUUCAGGCUGGGAUUCAAACCCAGGCCAG